GCCCCGACAACACCUCAGCGAGCAUGGAGGGCGUCAGCGGCGUGGGCGGCGCCGGCGGCCGCGACAUGAUCAUCGACGCGCUGCGCUCCCUGGGCGCCGGCCCGGGCGCCAAGGGCGCCACCACGGCCCAGAUCACAAAGUUCCUGGUGGCCGAGCACCAGGUGCCCUCGGAGCGCGCCCGCCGCCAGGUGUCCAUGGCGCUCAAGCGAGCCCUGGACAACGGCGAGCUGCUCAAGCAGGGCUACCACUACAUGCUGCCCGACGGCGAGGGCGCAGAGGACGCCGACGGCCAGGCCAAGGAAGCAGCUCGCCGGGGCCGUCGACGCAGACGGAUGGGGCGCCGACGGCGCAGCAGGAGCCGACGCCGCCGCAGCCGCUCGCCGCGCAGGAGGAGCCGCAGCCAGGGCGGCGCCGGCGGCAGCGCCAGCCCCGCGCCCCACGCCAUGUCCCCCGCACCAACCGACGAGAGCGAGCACAUCCGGGAGGCGGCCCGACGCCGGCGCCGCGGUGGCAGGAGGCGGGGCCGCAGGCGCUCCAGAAGCCGCCGCCGCCGCUCGCGAUCCCGCUCCCGCUCCGCCGGCAGCACCUUCUAGCCGAGUGAUUUGGUGCGUUCCGCCCCGCCCCGUCACCCGAGCUGCCGCCCUGGAUCCCCUCUCCCCCCCCCCCUCCUCAUCUUCGCCCACGUCCUCC